AUGAGUGGAGGAAGGGUUUCGAAGACAUUAGAUGCAAAUAAAGGGAAGAUUGGAGGCUGGGUUGCAAAGAAGUUAAGAUUAAAUAAAAUAGGGCUCAUAAAUAAAGCAUCCAAUUUGGUUGCGACUGAGUCGGAAAAUGCUUUAGGAAAGGACGAUGAGUUUUCAAAACACGCAAAAGACUUUAAUGACCAGAUGAAAGGUGAAACAAUGCAUUUAAAUAGAGUCGAUGGAACUCUUCCUCCACCAGCAGUUCUUCCGUAUGGUCCCUAUGGAAUGUAUGGAAACCCUUACGAAAGACCAUUUGACCCAUUGACUGGUGGAA